AUGUCAGACUCUGACAUAUCCCCUACGACAACAGAGGCCCAGCCUUAUACAAACGGAAAUCCCGUGCCUAUUGAUGUGGUGUUGAAAGUGGACGCCCCGGAGCAAGUCCAACCUGGAAGCUGGCCAUACCCUCUCAUUGUAGAAGUGGCCUGGAGGGACCCGGUCAUAACACACGGCUCGCCAAUUAUCUGUUUCUGUGAGGGGUUCAAAUACGGUAGUGAAGAUGUUUUGUUCAAGAAAGAUGGUCAAGAGAUAGAUGCCAUUAGCUUUGAUGAGCUCAAGGCAGUUGUGAAGAAACGGGAUCCAAAAAAGACUGACGCGGAGAUCAAGAAAAUCUUCGAGACAUUGGAUUUCGAUGAUAACAAGAAGAUAACCUUUGAUGAAUUUCUGAUCUUCGACUUUGCACUUGAUGCAUACGGAUACGACUAUUCGAAUGCCAUCAUUAUCUAG